UGGAGGGACGGUCUUGCUCAUGGCAUUUCAGCUUGCAGCUGGAGGAGAGAGCUGCAGAGAGAGAGGGGGAAACAACAUGCGCAGCUUGGAGAUGAGAAUAACGCACAGGUAAAAAAAAAAAAAAAUGUGUCGACCACAGCUGGAUCCAUGAUGUGAACUUGAACUUGUAGAUUAUUUUUUUUUGCUAUACCAGGAGGGAAUAGUUCUGCAGUAGAAAGAGAGAGAGAGAGAGAGAGAGAGAGGAGGGUGAGGAAAGCCAGACAAAGAUGCGCUGCGUCCGUGGCGCAACUGGCGCGCAAUCCAUGGACCGAGUGCAGACACCUCGCUUUUAAGAUUAAAUGGCUCCAACUCCAACUCCACAUUUCGGGGUGCAAAACAGGUGUCAGGGAAGUGUCGUCACGAACCCCGGAAGCCAGAGAAGGAGGAGGUGGUGGUGGGAACAUCAAGAGAGGAGAGGGGAAAGAUGGCAGCGAAAUCCGAUGGUCGCGGGGUCGUCACCGGUUUCGCCCAGCUGCACAACCUGGACGAGGUGGUGGGGGGCGACGACGACAACCGGAACAGCAGCUCAUUCCACAUCUGCCACUGCUGCAACACCUCGUCGUGCUACUGGGGCUGCCGGAGCGCCUGCCUGCAUUACCUCCGUGGGAAGGGGAAAAGGAAGAAGAGGAGAGAUGAUGCUGAUGCUGCGUUGCCACGGCCACCACCGCAGCAGGAGGAGCGCCUCUGGCUGGACUGCCUGUGGAUCGUCCUGGCGUUGCUGGUCUUCUUCUGGGAUGUUGGGACCGAUCUGUGGCUGGCCGUCGACUACUACCACAGGCGGGAGUUCCUGUGGUCGGGCCUGACCCUGUUCUUCGUGCUGGUGCCCUCGGUGCUGGUGCAGAUCCUGAGCUUCAGGUGGUUCGUGCAGGAUUACACUGGAGGAGGACUGGGCUCCGUGGAGGGGCUGAGCAGCCGGAGAGCUACCACAGCCAGUCUGCAGAGAGACAGGUGCUGUCGUCUCUCCGUCUGGCUCUGGCAGACUCUCAUACACAUCUUUCAGCUGGGACAAGUGUGGAGGUACAUCCGCACCAUGUAUCUCGGUAUACAAAGUCACCGGCAGAAGGAGCACCACCGGCGUUUUUACUGGGCUAUGAUGUACGAGUAUGCCGAUGUCAACAUGCUGCGACUGCUAGAGACCUUCUUAGAAAGUGCCCCUCAGCUGGUGCUGCAGCUCUGCAUCAUGAUCCAGAGCAACAAGGCUGAGUGGCUGCAGUGUGUUUCUGCCAUGUCCUCCCUCCUGUCCCUGGCCUGGGUGCUAGCCUCUUACCACAAACUCCUGCGUGACUCACGUGACGACAAGAAGAGCAUGAGUUACCGAGGUGCCCUGGUGCAUCUCUUCUGGCGCCUUUUCACCAUCUCUUCACGGGUGCUCUCCCUCGCUCUAUUUGCCUCGGUUUUCCACAUCUACUUUGGCAUUUUCGUGGUGCUCCACUGGUGCGCCAUGGCUUUCUGGGUCAUCCAUGGCGGCACCGACUUCUGCAUGUCCAAGUGGGAGGAGGUGCUGUUCAACAUGGUUGUGGGCGUGGUCUAUGUCUUCUGUUGGUUCAAUGUACGUGCGGGCCGGACGCGGUGCAGAAUGGUGGCCUAUUACAUAGUAGUACUGUUGGAGAACGCCAUCCUCAGCCUCCUUUGGUAUGCGUACCGUGACCCAGUCACCACUGACGCCUAUGCCUCUUUUGCCCUCUGUGGCGUCUUCCUGUGCUUUGCCUCAGGUGUGGCCUGUAUGGUUCUCUAUUACGGUGUUCUGCACCCCAUGGGCCCCCGGCUGAGGGUGCUGGCCAGCUCCUGCUGUGCUGAGCUUCUGUGGGGCCUUCCAUUACCCCCCGAGGCCGAGCCCAUGGCUCCCACACCGGGCCCCCGUGGCUCUCAGGCCACCCCCACAAGGGGUGUGGCGGGGGAAUACGAGGAGUCGGACGAAACAGCCACGGACACCUGCCUUCCGGUUUUCCAGGUGAGGUCCACGGAGCCUGUGGAUGCAGCUGGCAGGCCCAUCCAGCCUGAGGGUCCUCUCAUCAAGAUAGACAUGCCCAGAAAACGCUACCCAGCCUGGGAUGCACACUUUGUGGAUCGGCGCCUGCGCAGGACCAUAAACGUGCUGCAGUACAUUAGCCCUAACGCGGUGGGCAUCAGGUAUAGGGACGGUCCGCUUCUUUAUGAACUCCUGCAGUACGAAUCCUCCCUCUGAAGGCUUCUUCUCCCACACCUACGAUGCACAUGCGUUUCCUUUCUUUCACUCUGCUCUUCCUCCUCUCCAGAUAUUAUCUCUCUCCAUCUGACACUCAACUAUCUCCUCUCUGAUCAUUCGAUUUUCCUGCAGGAGAUGUGUGUCGGCCAACCGAAAAUCUGUCUAAACACACAGUCAUUAUUUAUUUUUGGAAAAAAAACCUACAGUACAGAGAGAAAAUUAUGAACGUACAGUAUCUGACGUGAUAUAUACAGAAGUAUCAUAUAAAUCCCCCUACAUUGAUAGGGGAGGGUUCUGUAUGAGUGUGUAGAUAACAUAUGAAUGUUUCAUUAUGAAAUGUGUUUAAUGCAUUAUACUGUAUUGGUGAUUCAACCUGUGAAUACUUGUGAAGGGCAUAUUGUAUGUCCCAGUGACAUGGGACCGGCGCAAAGCCUGAUGGGAAUGAUGGAGGAGAGUCUCAGAGGGGGCAGGUCUUUGCACAUCCCGACAUUUACUGCCAUUCUUAAUGUAAAUUACUGAAAUGUACGAUAAUGUUUACUAAGUCCUUAGCCCGUGAGUUUAAAAAGCACUGAAAUGUCUAUCCUGAUCCUGUAAAUUACAGAAAGGACACAAUCAAAGAUGUGUCUGAGAGAAGCACUUCCAAACGGAUUUCCCCCUCUGUGAGCUUACGUGGCUCAAGUGCAUCCUGGCUGUACUAUUUUUGUUCAAAAUCCUAAAUCGUAAUCGCAUCAUGUAUGGAAGAAAAAAAGAAGCACACUGACCUUCAAUCAGUUCCACCCACACAUUCAAUUUUUACAGUGCAGACUGCCCUCCAGUGGAGGCAAGCUGUAACAGCACGCCUUACUUGGUCGUUUUUUGCCCGUAGUUGAGACAGCACAAAAUAAUAAGGUGAAAAAACACAAUGAAAGGAAUGUAGUUGAAAUGAGCACAACGUUUUCUAAAUUGGUGCGUAGAAAAUCGUAAUAAAAAACAUUCCAAAGACUUUUUUUAAAGAUUGUACGUGUCUAGUAAAGGGUAGAAGGGUACAAAUGUGUGUUAUCACACAUUUUUUGUUUGAAGUGCAAAGACAGCCUUCAAGGAAUCCUCCACCAUUCCCUCUUGAAUCCUAGAAAGUACUCCCCUUAUACAACCUCCCUGUUUUCUUUUCUUAUCAACAAAUGUUUUAGGUUGAUUAAUAUGGGUGCAAAGACUUGUAAUAAGUUCUUGAAAAAAAAAAUAUGACAAAUCUGAGAAGAUAUUUCUAUGCUAUUAUACUUCAGUGCGUAUUUGUGUCCACAUUUAUAGUCAUUGACAUAACUAUAUUUUGCCGGAACACACACUUUUUUACAUAACGAAAAAUGUUGUUCAGUGCAGUGUUAAAAGGUAUACUCCUCAACGUCAGUGUGCCCUCAGAGAGGUUAUACUCUUAUAUGGGUGGACAGGGCAACUGUUCUGUUGAAACAAAGCCAAAUCACAUCUUGCAGUACUGUCUUUCCAAUUUAUCUGCCCCCUUGAACCAGUAGAAUGAGUCCUUGCAAAACGUGUGCCAUCUAUAGGCCUGCUGUGCAGCGAUUAUACACUGAUAUUCAUCUCUCAGCUGAACCUGCGGGAGCUCUCCAACUACGGAUGCCCACGGGACGACCGACCGUAUUCACUCAUGAUAAAAAAAUGAAAUGAAAUCUAAAAAAUCAUGCCUUCUAAGUCAAAGGAGCUUGACGAGAAAUUCAAGAGAGGGCUACGGAACAAUUCAUGAGAAAAAAAAAUUAAUGCAUUUCAUACUCCAAUUUUAUCUAUUUACUCAAUGAUUCAUCCGAAUAUAUAAUGUGUGUUUUUUACAUUGCAGUGUUUGGCAUGACUUUAGUAUGAGGCAUUAGUACAAAAUGCACCCAACAAGGGAAGCCCAAGAGCCCUGCACACAACAGAGAUUCCUUUCUCCUGGCUCACUGGCUUUCUGCUUAGCUGUGGCCACCCGUGCCUGCUAACAUCGUACUGUAAAAAGCGGAUGCCAUGUGAGCCCAGGUCAAAGGUGAGAGGGGGUUUUUGCCAGGGUUGGAAAAGAACAUGAGGACAGAUCGUGAUAAAGGGCCUGACUGGAUUAUCCUUGUAUGCUUGUGUGAGAAAG